GCUAGAGAGAUGACUGUGAUCAAUGUUGUCGGCUAAUUGGUCUAACUAAGCAAAUACCAACAGGUUCUUUCUCAGUGGUAGCAACAGCAAAUCAAUUGACAAUUAAUUCAAUCUGAGGCGACUUUCUGCUAUAAUUUACGAUCCUAUUUAUGGGUCAAAACAUGGUUACGGCAUCCACAGCACCAUAUCGAACCCCGGUCGGAUCAUGUAAACUGCAGUGUUUAGUGGAUACAUCCAGGUCUCAUUUUUAGGACUAACAGACUGCAUAGCUUCGCAGGAGGGAGGGAGAAGAAUACGAAGCGAAAUUGCAAGAAUCAAGAUCCACAGAUCCGCCUCGGUGGACAAAGAUAUUACUCGAAAACUAUUAAUACCCAGCAUGCCUGCACAGGAUGACAAUCUGGGAGAAGAUCUAUAGACACAGUUUGGAUAUGAGCCGUAAAGAUGAGUUUGCAUGUCACAGCUUCUUUUCGAUCCCUGUUUGUGGGUCUCUUUACCAUAGCUGUCCUUUCCUUGUCUGUGAGAGGAUCUUCAGAGCCUAAUCUUGAAGAUCUAUGGGGUUCUGACUGGGCAUUCUCUGGUAUUUCGACAUUCAACCACCUCCCACACUCACGAUGUUUGGUCAAUCGCUCCGAAGCAUUUGAUAUCGCCAUUGUAGGCGUCCCUUUCGAUUCUCUUACUACAUACCGAUCAGGAACUCGCGAGGGACCAAAGGCAAUUCGAUGGGCAUCUGGACGCCAUCUCUCGGGGAGAAGCUUCCAUCCCAGCCUUCACUUCAACCCAUAUGAAUCAUGGGCAAAGGUUCUAGACUGCGGCGACAUACCCGUCGUUCCAAUAGACCCUGUUCUAGCAAUGGAGCAGAUGGGUGAAGCCUUAACUGAGCUAAUGUCACACGCUACAUCAGACAAGAGCCCAUGGAGCCAUCCACGGCUUGUGCUUCUUGGCGGUGACCACUCUAUUGUGCUUCCCAUGCUCCGGGCUCUAAAUAGGGUUCGAAAAGAGCCUGUCGCGCUUCUCCAUUUCGAUGCACACAUCGAUACGAUGGAUCCCGACUCGUACCCACGGAAGGCCUGGAAAUCUCAGGCUUCUGAGAUCCACCACGGCACGGUGUUUUGGCAGGCCGCUCAAGAGGGCCUACUGAUCCCGGGCCAUCUAGUUCACGCUGGCGUUCACGGCAGAGUCUCGAGCCUGCAGGAUUUCCACAGCGAUGAUUCUCUCGGAUUCCUGCGCAUUUCUGUCGAGGAGAUGGAUGAUGAAGGCCCAAAUGCCAUCAUCAAGAAGAUUCACGAUAAAAUCGGGGAGGAUGUGCCUGUGUAUGUCAGCAUCGAUAUUGACGUGCUUGAUCCGGCGUUUGCCCCUGGAACCGGGGCGCCUGAAACGGGUGGCUGGUCGUCUCGUGAGCUGAUGAGAGUCAUGACUGUGUUAUCCAAGCUUCACGUUGUUGGCGUGGAUAUCGUAGAGGUCACUCCAGCCUAUGACAGCGCUGGAGGUGAUACGGCUUUUGCGGCAGCAAAUCUUGCAUAUGAAUCCAUCUCAAUGAUGGUUCAAAACGAGAUAAAAAAGAGUAAAUCGGGGACACAAGCGAGCUUGAAGGAUCCGAUGGAGGAUUUGCAAUGGAAUUUGCACGCAACCUAUGGACAGAACUGACUUCAAGACGACCUUUGACUUUUAAACUUUGUCUUUCUGGCUGCGUAAGAUUGGUAGAAUUAGCUAUUAGAAUACAGAAAGCACGGCUAAGAGAGCUUAGCUAUUGGGUUUUGAAAGUAAUUUUUAUUUCAGAUUUGUGUAAACAAUUAUGUCUGUUUUCAU